AUGUCACACAGACAACACUCGCACAAUGUGAGCACAAGCUCGGCUGACACGAUUUAUGUCGAGCAACCGACAAGCCCCUUCAUCCCUGGAUCUGACAAGAGACAAAGUCUGGGAUCGUACAAGGCGUACCAAUCAACGUUUGUUUCUGUCGAUGACGUCUCUCCCAGCGAGCCUGCUUUGAGCAGCAACGGAGAAUCUAGACGCUCUGUUCCCUCACGCUGGAGCAGAAUCUCCGAGAAAUCACACAUCAAGUCCGAAACGUUCUCGCCAUCUGGCUCUUGGACUUUUGAGAUUGUCAGUCUUUGUGUGACCAUCCUUGCCUCAGCCGCCAUCAUUGGUGUUCUCGCAGCAUACGACGGGAAGCCACUAGUGUCAUGGCACUUUCAAAUCACUAUCAACGCCGUUAUUGCCCUGUUGGCUACCAUUGCAACUGCGACUAUGGCCCUCGUCCUUUCCAGUGGCAUCUCUCAAUUGAAAUGGAUUCAUUUCAAGACUCGCCGCGAGCCGUUGUCGGAUAUGGAGGUGUUCGAUGAUGCCAGUCGAGGAACCUGGGGAGCUCUCAUGAUGCUCAUUAAGCUUAGAGGAGGUCUUCUUGGUUCUUUUGGCGCGUUCGUUGCCAUCUUGACCCUAGCAUUCAGCCCCUUUGCCCAACAAAUUGCCACGUUCCACGCACGCACGACCAACACUACAAAAGGAGCCAUCAACCUCCGAGCAGAGGAAUACUUGAUCGCUCUGAGCAGUCAGACUGCAUCUGAAGGCUUCAUUCCGAUUCUUCCUUUCAAGGCGGCCGUGUACAAUGGUCUCUUUGCUGAGAACGGUAAGCCCUGGCUGAGCCUCCCUGUCAACUGCCAGACAGGUAACUGUACUUGGGAGCCUUUCGAGACUCUCGGUGUCUGCAACACCUGCGUUGACAUGUCUGAGUUCAUGACGCGAUCAUGUGAGGACGGAUCGAUCCCUGAAGGCGACAUGACAGAGUGCGGCUGGUCAGUCCCAGUAGGUGCUCGCCUUAAGACACAUGCCGACGUGUUCAGCAUGACACCAAUCUUCCCUCAAGGUCUUGGAGAUUUGUCCUACUCGACCAUCAUGAAGCUUGUAUUUAUGGGCACUGAAAGACAAGGGGGUGUCGCUGGUGCCCUUGCACCCUGGGCUCGCCAGUGCACCCUUCAAGCCUGUGUACAAACUCUGGACUCCGAAAUCGUCAACGGCGAGCUGAAAGAGACCAUUAUCCAUACCAGCACCAACGAUUCCUUCGCCACAGCAACCCAAGACACACUUGAGCCCAUUUACAUCUCGGGCCAGAGUGGCAAUGAGUCCUAUCCGAUUGACAUGAAAGUCAUGAUGGGCGUACGUUCGUGGUUCUCGGACCUGUUCCAAAAUGGGUCGGCCUCGCGUAAUGAAGAGGUCAUCAACAAGACUAUUACGACUCCAGACAAUGUUAUAGUCAAUCUCACCGUCGGUAUUUCCAGCGGCGAGACAUUCUUUGAUACCGACAUUGUCCAGGCCUUUUACUGGAACUACUACGAGUACCCAACAGGGAUUGAUAUGCUCAUGAACGAUCUUGCAACCAGUGUCACCGUCAGUUUCAGGAGCUUUAAUGGCACCGAUGUUAUUGGCAUAGCGCACACUGUUGAGAGCUACGUCCAUGUCGAGUGGAGUUUUCUAGCGGUUCCGCUCCUCACUGUCUUGUUGACUACUCUUUUCUUGAUCGCGGCGAUCUACCAGACGUACCGCCAAAAGGCUAGUCUAUGGAAGAGCAGUGUACUUGCAACCUUGGUUCACGGUCUAGAUGGAAAUGCCAGGGAAAGACUCGAGGACCUUGGUGGCUUAAAAGAGCAGCAAAAAGAGGCUAAGUCUGUGAGAGUGCAGCUGGAUGACGGUGACGGUGGACUAUUGAGGCUAUCCAAGUACGAUGAUAUCUGA